GACGUUGGGGGGUCUGCUCCCUCUGUUCCUGUGGGGUCCCUGCUACGAGGGCCUUCAGGGACCACCCUCAGCGAGAUGCCACCUUCACUGCCUGCUCCCCGGCUCUUCGUUCUCAGCACCAUCCCUGCCCAGCACCUGUGGGCCCCCCGGAUGUGCCCCCAGGGUAUGCUGCCCCCCAGGCAGGGUGCUGUCUGCCUGCUCACUCUGGAAGCCGGGCAGCUGGCGCGCGGUGGGCCCUCGGGACAUGCUCCUCGAGGGGGCGGAUGGCCCGGGGCCCCUCUGCUCCCUGCUGGUGCUGCACAGUGUCAGCCCUGCCCCCACCCUGCCCCCUCUGUGUCUGCCCGGGAGGGGGGGCGAGUCCGUCAGGGGGCAGCCGUGUACCUUCGUCACCGGGUCCCCCGUUCACUCCGUCCCGGACCCCCCGUGGCCCCGUCAGUGCCCAGCGUGGAGCGUGGAGCCUGGUUGGCUGUGGGCAGCGCCCGUCAAGCCGUCGGCCACUCCCUCAGCUGCACCUGCUCUCCUGUCUCCCGGGGUCUCCCCCGGAGGGGCGCCCACCCGGCCUCCGUGACCCCUCAUGCUGGACGUGUGGUGAGGCUACUCUUGACUCCACGGGUCAGGUGGGCACAGACCUCGGCGGCUCUGGCCUCCCCCCUGUCGCACAGGCCCCGCUGGUCCCCCCGCCGCUGCCGGGGAGCCGCCCGGGACACCUGUUCUCACCUGGGCCGUCGGUUCUGUGUUCCCAGGGCAGGUGACAGGGACUUGCUCCCAGCUGGUUGCUCCUCCCUGACCACAGCCCUCGGGUGGGGGUGGGGGGUCGUCAUGAUCUCCCCCUACUCCCUCGGGCGCAGACCACUGAGUGGCCUCUGCCACAGUGAGCGGCAUCCUCCUGCGUGGGCAGGUCCUGGGGUGGGUGCCGGGGGCCGGGGCGCACGUCAGGACGGUGGUGCCGGGCUCCCGCCCACAGCAGAGCCGAGGGCACCUCCUCCCCCCUGCUGGCGGGUCUCACCCCAGGUGCUGGUCUGUCUGCUCCUCAUUCUGGAGCCCCUGCGUCCUCUCCUGUCUGCAGGUCAAUGCCUGACCCGCUGUGGCCCCUCUGGCGCCCCCUUCACCACAGUGGGCUGGGCCCAUCUACCAGGAGGCCAUGUGAGGGGACUGCAGGGCUUGGGGAGCCUCCCAGGCCCCACACCGCUGCCUCCCCACCCCUGAGCGACGCCCUCCCCACCUCGGUCCUUGGGCAGAGCUCAGGACACACUGGCCUCGUCUCCCGCGGGGACGACUUCCGUGCGAGCUCUGCGCGCCUCACAGAGCCUCCCCGCCCGCGGCUGUUCUCAUUAGCCGUGUUUUGAAAGCAGAUCCGCUUAAUUGCAAACAGUACUAAGUGCCGGUGUACAAAUCAAGUCAUUGGUGUCGAGAUGCAGAAACUGCUCUCGGUGAGCAGCUCGGACAGACCUGGCGACCCCUCUGGGCGGCCUCAGCGGACAGCAGCGUCCGGCUCACCCCUCAGUGUCGGAGGUGGCAGCAGGUGGGGUGAGGAGCCCCACCAGAGAGAGAUGGAAACAUGGAUGAGAGAGAACAUCGA